AGCUGCAGCAGAUUCUGGGCCCACCCCUCCAGUAGAUUGGAUCACACUCCCAUCACCUUCAGCUGUGAGACCUCUCCUAUUCUCCAUAUAUAUAUAUCUAGAGAGAGAGAGAGAGAGAGGAGGGUCUGCAAAGGUCCACUUAGCUUUGGUGGUGUAUUACCGGUAGGUUUGUUUGUCUACUUCAGCCAUGCCUGCUGAUUUCAAUGGCACCUGGAACCUUGUCAGCAGUGAGAACUUUGAAGGCUACAUGGUGGCCUUAGGUAAGCUGAAAUAUAGUUUGAUUUUUCUCUUCCUCUUUGAUUAUUUGCUUUAUGCUGGAAACUCUUUGUUCAGAAUGUCCCCCACCCCACCCCUUUCCUCAGCCAGAAGUUGUAUAUGUACUUGUUUGAACUCUGCAAUAUGUUAUGGGUGUUUUGAUUUUUGUUUUUAUUAUUAAAAAAGUUUGUAUUUAAUCACUGCUGAUUCUCGGCUCUGAGUUCCUUGAGUUAUUUACUCAGAAGUAAGGUCUGUUGAAUUUGGGGCUUGGUUCCUGAAUAAGUAUGUACAGGAUUGCUGGUUUCCCUUAUGUUGAAUUGAGGAAUCCAAGCAUUCUGUAUCUUGGAGGAUUAACUACAUGUAUUUCUGAAUGGAAGUCCCUUUCCAGGCAAGGAGCUGGAGUUUGUUCUCCCUCCCCUGCUUUGCCAUUGUAACAACCCUGUGACGUAGACCUACAUCAGUGAGUAUAGGAGUUUAUUUUGAAGGAAGAGCUGGGCAAAUUCAAAGUCUCCUUCUGUUUCUGUGCAAGGAUGUAAUUUGCUGGAAACACUUGGUGUUUCAAAUAAAAUAAGUGCAUAUUAUAGGGGAGAGGCCAACACCUAGGUGAUCAUCUGAGCUUAUGUGGGAGUUAAUAUUAUCCAAAUUGCUUCUUGGUGUCGCUCUGGGCACACCUGGUCUUCUCAACCUUCAUUCUCUAGCUAAAAUGGGUAUUACAGUCUCCUUAGUGAGUUGUCUCAACAACAGUGUUUGGCAACACAAGUGGGUCAGGUCUAGAAUGUUUGCAGCCCUGUGCUUAUGAAGUUUACAAGCUCUUGAGCUCAGGGCAGCCACACACACAUGGCUUCCUUUUUUUCACUCAACAACCUUGUAAGGUACUGUUAGGUUGUGAGAAAAUAUUGCCUAAUGAGACCUCAAAGUGGAGAGUUGAACUAGGGCUCUAUCAUUUCAAAUCAAACACAGCAACCGCUAUACCACAUUGGCCCCGCAGCAGCUACUAGUUCACCUACAUUGACAAAGAACCAAUGCCAAGUGGCUAGACCAGUGGUUUUCACCCUGGGGUGCCUUGAAAUGAUGGUCAGGGAUGCUGCAGGCAACCCUGGCCUCUGUCCCUUUUUCCUUCCCUCCCUCCUCUGAUGCCCCCUCCCGUCUCUGCCUCCCAAAGGCUUGCACAACUGUUUGUUGCAGCAGCCCUGGCUACAAGCAACACAGGCAAAUGGUGCCUUUGGGGCUGGGCAGGGGGUGCUGGUUGCCAGGAGCUGAGGAGGCUCAGAGAUGGGGGGGGGGCUGCCUGGAGGACUUCCAAGAAGAGGGGAGAGGAGGCUGAGGGAGCACUCCACAAUCUUCUGUGCCAACCUACAAGUUUGCAAUAAGGUUUCCCAAUAAUUCAGACGUCUGACCCAUUUAUUUUGGCUCAAAUGAGUAACUUUAUUUCAACACUGGGCUGAAGAAGUUGAGGAAUUGAUUUCACAUUUGCCACACUUUCCUGAAUGACUUGUUCCAAGAACAUGAAAUUCUCUCUCCCACCACCCCCUAAACACUUUUUAACAAAGCUAAUUGCUCUCCAUCAAUCCUAAGGAACGGGGACUUCUUAACAGUCUGCCAACUUCCGAUCUUCAAAGGCAAAAGCACUGGGGCAGUGGUCUGACCAGGACUCAGAUUACCUAGGUUUGGGCAGGUGAGGGGUAGAGUGGGAAUGUAGUGGCAAAUCUGGAAGUUCAAGAUCCCUUCAUGAUAGUCAUAGUCACACCCCUUUUAUGACUAGACAGCCUUAUAAGAUAUACGUAUUAGUGAUGCUUUGCAACCAGCAAUGCAGAUGUUACCGUGUUGCCUUUCAGAUAGAUCUACCAUUUUCUGUGCAUGUACAGGAUUCGGACUGCCCCAUUAUAUUAUUUUGCAAUGACUUUUAAGUUGUGUUUUCUUUGAAGUUCCAUUGCACAGAACAGAAUAUCCACACCAUUCUCUUGAAACGAAAGCACCUUGUGUUUUCAGUGUUUGUAAGUGCCUGGCUUCUGCAACAUAGAAGCGGCAUCCAUUUCAUGCUGAUAGGGCAGCUCUGGAAGGCUGCAGGCAUGGACCCUGCGGCAGAAAUAGUAAUGGGUCUUUGACCCCAUCCCCCAUGACCCUGGACCACUAUACCACUGGGUGGGAAGUAGCAGUUAUGGCAUAGCUGAGUGGUAGCAUUUCUGCUUUGCAUGCUGAUGGUUUUGGGUUCAGUCCCUGGCAUCUCCUGGCAUGGCAUGGAAUUUCCUCUAGCUGAUACUUUGGAGAGCUGUUGCCAGUCAGCGUAGACAGUGCUGAGCUAGAUGGACCAGUGGUGUGACUCAAUAAAAGGCAGCUUCCUGCAAUCGGAAAAUCAAAUGUGUUCUGUCUAAAUAACCUGGAUGCAACGUCUCUCUGUGCAAAGGUAUCGAUUUUGCCACCCGCAAGAUAGCCAAAAUGCUGAAGCCUCAGAAGGUCUUCAAACAAGAUGGGGACUCAUUUUCUAUCAACACAACCAGCACUUUCCGCACCUAUUUAGUCGAGUUCACGAUUGGGGAGGAGUUUGAAGAAGACAACAAAGGCUUGGACAAUAGAAAAUGCAAGGUAUUGAGGACUGGAGAAAGCCUCUCUCUAAGUAGGCAGCUUUAAUUGAAAAUAAACUUGCUAUCCUCCCCCCGCCCCGGCCAGGAUGGAUGCAUGCAUGCAUGCAGGAUGUCUGGGCGGGGGGGGGGGGGAGCGGGAUCCAAUAAUUUGUGGUACCCAAUUCUUGUUUAUGUAUGAGUGCAUUGUGAUAUUACACAAGUAUGGGUCAGGAAACUGCAUAGCCUGACUUUCUGUCCACUAUACUGAUAAGCUCAGGCUGGUGGACAACAUUGUUUAAAAAAAAAAUUGCAAACAAGAGCAUCCUAGGUGGUACAAUGGGACAGUGCAUCUGGCUCUUAACUAGAAGGUUGGUGGUUCGAGCCCACCCAGGGGCAGGAUUCCUGCAUUGCACAGGAUUUGGACUAAAUAACCCUCAGGGCCCCUUCCAAAUCUGAUUCUAUUAAAACAACAUUUUCCAGCUCUGUCCUCUUAUUUUUCAAUACUUUGGCUAUGUACACACUGCACCUGUGAAGCAUUUCUUCCUCGCUCCACAGAAUUAUGGGCACUGUAGUUUAAGGGUUUCUGGGAAUUGUGCCCAGAAUUCUUUGAGGGAAUGAAUGUGCUUCAUCAAGGUAUACACACCAGAACCUUUUUUGUUCUUCUGUUCAUCUGGAUGCUACUUUCAAGAGCCCUUAACUUGCAUUAAUUGUCAUGGGCUUAUUGUAAGCUGCCCUGUUAGAAGGUGGGGCAUAAAUCUAAACAUCAUAAACAGGGCCAAGCUAGCAUUGUUGGGGUGGGAGCAAAAUUUGUGGGCCCAUGGAAAGUGUUUCUGACAUGACAGUGGAGUUGGGUUAAUUGAAAUGGAUAGGGCACUGCCCCACCAACCUUGGACUGCCCUCAGACAGCCCACCCCUAUGUGCCUCACAGACAGUUUGGAGGGUGGCUCUGCCUGUUAUCUUCCUUCUCCUUAGUCUCUGUGUUGCCCUUGUAUAAUUUGUUGACCCUUGGAGCAGAACCUGAGAGAUGAACUGCGCCUUGAAUAUUUUUGACCCUUCUCCUUCCCUGCAGAGUGUGGUUAACUGGGAUGGCGACAAGAUUGUUUGUGUCCAGACUGGAGAGAAGAAGAACAGAGGCUGGACCCACUGGAUUGAAGGAGAUGACCUGUACUUGGUAAGUUAUUACAGGGGUGUAUAGCUAGGGUUGCUUUGGAGGUAAGCCAGCUAGAUAGAUACUCUGGAGCUAGGGGAUGUUGACUCCGUAUGCUUUGCAUAUGGGUCUUCCUGUUUGAAGGGCCCCCCUACCACCACACCUCAGCCAUGUUUCAUGCUUGAGAUAGCCAGUGAGUCCUCUGGCCUACUCUUCUCUCCCCUGUCCCCCUGCCCAAUGUGAGCAGCAAGGGGCUUUUUAACAGCUGUUGCAUCAAUAGCUUGUGUGUUCUUCACUUGGGAUGGGAGUUUGCAGCCAAGGUCUCUGCUAUUUAUAUGCACUAGGGAGAGAGCUAAUGAGCCUUUUGGCUCGGUGGGAUUGAGUUGGCCAAUGGGUAAAGCCUAGGCUACUGCUACAUUUAGGUCAAAAAUCUGCUUUGCAUGCAGAAGAUCCCAGGUUCAUUCCCCAGCAUCUCCAGGUAGGGCUGGGAGAGACUUCCUGUCUAAACCCCUGGAGAGCUGCUGCCAGACAGUGUAAGCAAUACUGAACUAGAUGGACCAGUGGGUUCGAUUUGGUGUACAGCAGCUUCAUGUUCUCUUGUUCCUAACGGAUGUCUCCUUGUGCAGGAACUCCGAUGUGAAGACCAAGUAAGCAGGCAGGUUUUCAAGCGAGCGUGAAGUUGAUUCCUGCAAUAUCCCCCAAAUGACAACAGCGCAGAGAACCACGUACAGGAGUGUUUAUGCAUAGCGGCACUUCAGACAUGGAGUGCUAACUGAAAAGGCAGCUUUACAGGUCAAACCUUCUUCCUCCACCCCUGGUGCUCUUUUUGUAAAAGCAUUCCAACCUGAUCCUUUGGAACAAACGUAACUGUUAACCUGCACUAACCACGUAACUUCAUUAAAAAAAAAAAAGAUGACUGUU